UUUACUAUUGCUUGCAAUGUGACACUAAAAUAUAUACUCUCUCUCUCUCACACACACACACCACAUACACACACACCCCCAUGCACGCACACAGACACACACACGUUCACACAUACCUACACACACACGCACACACAGAGCACUGGGGUAUCCAAAGUGGAAUACUAAAGGAGAUACAUAUAACAAAAAGCAACAAGAAGGGAAAUCAAUCUUGCAAAACAAGGAACUAUUUUUUUUAUAACUCUUUUAUUUCUUCUGAAACAUGUUUGGGUCUACCAUGGCACUGGAUUUUGUAGUGGUUUUCUGCUUGGCAUCUGCAAUUGCAGCAGUGGAAGAAACCUUGAUGGAUACCCGAACGGCUACAGCUGAACUGGGCUGGACUGCAAACCCUCCUUCAGGGUGGGAAGAAGUAAGCGGCUAUGAUGAGAACCUGAACACCAUCCGCACUUACCAGGUGUGCAACGUCUUCGAACCCAAUCAGAACAACUGGCUCCUCACCACGUUCAUAAACAGACGGGGAGCUCACCGCAUCUACACUGAGAUGCGCUUCACUGUGCGGGACUGCAGCAGCCUUCCCAACGUCCCAGGGUCCUGCAAGGAAACCUUCAACCUGUACUACUAUGAGAUGGACUCUAUCAUUGCCACCAAGAAGUCGGCCUUCUGGACGGAGGCGCCCUACCUCAAAGUGGACACAAUUGCUGCUGAUGAGAGCUUCUCCCAGGUGGACUUUGGGGGCCGGUUGAUGAAGGUAAACACCGAGGUGAGGAGCUUCGGACCCCUCACCCGCAAUGGCUUUUACCUUGCCUUCCAGGACUAUGGGGCUUGCAUGUCACUGCUUUCGGUCAGGGUCUUCUUCAAGAAGUGUCCGAGCGUGGUGCAGAACUUUGCCAUCUUCCCAGAGACCAUGACUGGGGCCGAGAGCACCUCUCUGGUGAUUGCACGUGGCACCUGCAUUCCCAAUGCUGAGGAGGUGGACGUGCCCAUUAAGCUGUACUGCAAUGGCGAUGGGGAGUGGAUGGUUCCCAUCGGCCGCUGCACUUGCAAGGCCGGCUACGAGGCUGAGAACAAUGUGGCCUGCAAAGGUAAGACUCUGCUCAGCUUGGGUAUUGUUUCAUGA